AUGCUACUUCGCCUAUUAGUGCCGCCUGCUGCACUUGCUGUUUGUGCUGUCGGUGCUACAACCCACCAUCGCACAUCCGGACUAUCAGAACAUGAGCUAUCGCUCGCGCCCUCCCUCGAUCGCUGGCCACGCGGGACUCACUUGGCUGUCGACUACUACCCGUCCCAAUGGCCGGAACAAAUGUGGGAGUCCGACAUUGCUCGGAUGCGAGAUGCGAACCUAUCGUUUGUGCGAGUAAGCGAGUUUGACUGGUCUAUCUUAGAACCGACUGAGGGGCAAUACAAUUUCACCCUUCUGGACAGGACGCUGGAGCAGCUCGGUCGACAUCAACUUAAAGCAAUCAUCGGGACGCCCACGGCAGGUCCACCUAAUUGGCUUACCGAAAAGUACGAUGUCAGCUUUGUGGAUAACACCAAUACCACAUUGCUCUUCGGGUCACGCCGUGGCUAUAGCACAUCUUCGACCGAUUAUCGUCUCCUAAGCCAAAAUAUCACACGAAAAUUGGCAGAGCGGUACGGCAACCACCCCACGGUAGCGGGCUGGCAGCUUGACAACGAGUUCGGAUGUCACGAUACCGUGCGAAGCUACGAUCAUCAUGCCAUCAGGCGGUUCCGGGAAUGGCUACAGACUAAGUACGGCACCAUCGAUAAUUUCAACGCUGCCCAGGGCCGUGUGUUUUGGUCGAACCAAUAUACCAGCUUUGAUGUAGUUCAGCCACCGUUUUUGGAAGUCUACACGACGCAGCCUGACCAUGCUCUCGAUUGGUACUUAUUCAGCUCGGAUAUGGUGAUCGAAUUCGCGCGCGAGCAGUCAGAAAUCUUGAGGCAAUAUGCGCCAACACAAUUCAUCACACAUAAUUUCAUGAUGGGCUUCACCGACUUCGAUCACUUCAAGUUCUCGCGUGAGGUGGGAAUCGAUCUCGCAACGUUUGACGAGUAUCCACUUUCUGGUCCAAGUUCUUUCUCAUGGCUCUCUCCAGAGGAUCAAGCACAAUAUCUACACACCGGUCUACCGGAUUGGCAGGCGCUGCACCACGCUCUCUACCGCGGUGUUGCGGGUGCCGCCUAUAACAAAACAUCCGGGCCAUUCGGCGUUAUGGAGAUGCAAACCGGCGUUCUGAAUUGGAGUCCUUACCGGGUGUCUCCGUUGAGUGGCAUGGUACGACUCUGGACGCAUGAAACGUACGCAGAUCUGGGCGAUAUGGUUUCAUAUUUUCGCUGGCGUCAGGUCCCGUACGCGCAAGAGCAGACGCUGUCCGGUCUGUUUAUCCCGGAUGGUGCGGCAGACGAAGGCUUCCUGGAGCUUCAGACCGUGAUAAACGAAGAUCUACCGAAAUUAAGGGAUGCACUCAAUAUCGGUGAAGAACAGGAGCACCAAGCAGAUGUGGCUCUCAUAUUCGAUUAUGUUUCUUCCGAGGUUUGGGCUAUCGAGCCGUACAGUGGAGAGUGGAGUCCUAAAGCCUCCAGAUAUUUGAACCCAGCUGUGAAGUAUAUGGACGUCGUCUAUAACUUCUAUUCCGCUCUCCGCCGCCUCGGGCUUUCCGUUGAUAUUAUUGGCCCCGACCAACCAAUUCACGGCUACAAGCUCGUCGUCGUGCCGAGUUUGCCCGUUAUUCCCGAAACAUUCAACCAAGCACUAGCUGAUUACAGCGGCCCCGUCGUUUUUGGGCCACACACUGGCUCUAAAACAGCCACGUUCAGCUAUACUCCCGGUCUCAACCCCUCGAAAGGUCCGCUCCGCGACCGUCUACCGAUGAGAGUCACCCGCGUGGAGACACCACCGAGCUACGCUGGUAGCGGCGUCGUCUAUGGGGGAACGAAGUUCAAUAUCUCAGGCUGGGAGGAGUGGGUGGUCUGUGAACGGAAAGGCCGUACGAGCAAUCCAACAAUGACAUACACCUCGUCACAUCGUCCGGGUCAGCCAGCUGCCUGCUCAAUGGAUGGGUGGCAUUACCUUGGCUUUAAUCCUCCUGUCGACCUGCUCGUGUCAUAUCUCGGCGAUGUCGCUAAUGCGGCAAUGAUAACUGAUUUUGCGGGGCGGCAAGCUAAUAGUAGCAAUGACCUUGGACCUACGCUGCGGUUUGCAAAGAGGGGUGCCUUGCUCUGGGGGUUCAACUAUGGUUUGGAACCUGCGAGUACUCCUGCGAUCGAAGGUGCUGAGCUGCUGAUAGGUGGUGAUGAUUCUGAGAUUGCCUCGGCUGAUCUAGCUGUUUGGAGGCUGAAGAAUGCGUAG